AUGCACCCACCGACCAAUAUUGACAUGACUGUGCAAGGUGGACUGUUCCUGUUCGGAGGUGUGCUGAUGUUCUUUGAUCGCUCCAUGCUGGCAAUGGGCAAUAUUCUCUUCCUCAUCGGCCUCACCCUCAUCAUUGGCUUCCACAAGACCUUCAUGUUCUUUGCCCGACGUCAAAAGCUCAAAGGCACGGCAGCCUUCAUGGCCGGCAUCUUCCUUAUAUUGAUUCGGUGGCCGUUAGUCGGGUUCCUGGUCGAAUUAUAUGGGAUAUUUGUUCUGUUUGGAGACUUCUUUGCCACCAUUGCCUCGUUCGCAGGCAACAUCCCCAUCGUGGGGCCGUACCUUCAACUGGCGUUGCAAAAGAUCUCAAGGGGGAGAAGGAAUGCUGAGCUACCGGUAUGA